UUCAGAGCUCUUCAAUCGGCGACUUUCCUCGAGAUCUGGAUUCGGACUGCCGAAAUGGUAAAAGCAAGGGGAAAAGAGUGAGAGUUACUGGUAUUGACAGAGAAUGUCUGGAAAAUUAUGUAUCAGAUGGUAUUCCCAAAACUUCAGAGUAUGCGUACUUUAAAAAGGUGAAGGAGUCUAUGAUCCAGCAUAAUCAUCAUUUUCGGGAUACAGAAUGUGAUCAGGAAUUGAAUGAUGCUGGGAGUUAUGAAAAUGCCCGACAUAAAUUGAAAGAAAAAAUGAAGGCACCUUAUACUAAUGAUUCUGUUCGUGAGGCUUUGAGAAAAUCCAACACGUUGAAUUGUGAUGUCAAAGAUAAGUUGUCAGCUCUACCAGAAAAAGUAAGCCUUAAUAACCGGUGCAUGUUUGUCUCGCCUGAAGUAGGGAGAUGCAAGAGCCCUGGUGAGUAAUGCAGGCAUGUCCAGUAGGCUCAAAUUACUCUCCCUUUUUGCAUCAUAAAACUGUAGACAAAGUUUUGCAUUUAUCACCUCAAUCAGCUCCAUCAAAGCAUUCAGGCAGAUAAUACUUGGAGAGAUAUUUUUUCUGCAAAGAGACAGAAGUUACGCCGGUGGGUAGAAAUGUCUUUUGCUGGCACAGAAAACUUGACUUCCAAGGGGUGUGACAUGUUGCCUCUGCUCCUUAGUCGCCUUUCCCCCAAUGGCAACGAGAGCAAAGGUUCAAGGACCACAUACAAUACUGGCUGCUCACCUGUUCUUCCAGAGUUGGAUCUCUCUGAGAUGAGGCAUGAUCACAGUUACAAAAGAGAUUUAACCACAUCAGAGUUUGAAUUAUUCCAAAGUAGGGAACUUUCAAGGUGGUCUGGCGCAACAAGAGCCAUGUUGGAUUGGCCUGAUUUUGCUUCAUAUAAUUAUUUUUCCAAAUUUGAUGCAAAAACUAUUCCACACAGUGAAGUAUUUGAUAAUUGUCAAGCUCCGUAUCGUGUCAAAGAUAAAAGCUUGUUGAAACAGAUCGGUUCACCCGUGCACUUAAAUUAUGAAGGGGAUGGCCAUAGUGAUUGGUAUUAUCAUCAUGAAGAACCAGAAAAGUUCUGUUUGCGGGAUGAAUCUCCAAGAAGAGAAGCAGAAACCUUAUUGCUGGAUUGGGAUUUCGACAAGGAGAAAGAUGAACCUGAAACAGCAAUAAUUACUGCUAGCAGCUCUGAGCACAUAACACAUUCACAAGUUGUAACACCAUCCUUACUUCCUGAUCAUUCUCUACAUGUUUGCGCCUUACCAUUCCAUCUGACUGCUCUGCCAAAGGAACUAAAUUCUUCUCACUCUUCCUCGUUGUACAAUGAGGAUCACGGCAAUGGUGUUUCCUAUUUUCUAGACGAUCUUCGGUAUACCCCAGACAAGUGUUUUAGUGAGAAGCGAAACCUAGAUUAUGAUGCAUUUUUAUUACCUGUGGUGCUGAAUGUUUCGGAAUGGAACAUCUUAACUGCAACUGGUUUCCCUUGGCAUGAGCAUUUUUCUCAACAUUGUUAUAGAAGUAGAUAUGGUACUGAACCAGAGAAAGCAUGGAACAUGGGCUGUUCGAAUUCAAGACGAAUCGAUUGUCAAGAAUCCCAUGAGCUGCCCUCUUGUAACUUUCAAACAUCAUUUGACAGAAAGAUUGGACAUCCUUUGUUGCUUGAAGACUCGACCGGGGCAAAAUCAGACAACGAACCAUUCAUCGGAGAGUUCUGAUGAAUGGAAAAGUAGCUGAACAUCCAGGCAACUGCUCCAGACAAGUUUGUCGGGCAGUAGAACUAACUAGCGAAAUGAAGUUUAGCCCGAAGCACCCCGUGGCGGACCCAGGAUUACAAAGGAAUGGAGUCAAUAUUUUGCUUUGACAACAUUAUUGUAUAUUAUCCAUUUUCGGUUAAACAAAUAAAAAGAUACAGAUAAAUGUUUCACAUAAAAAAUAAACACUGAAACUGAGAAUAUUAAAAAAAAAAUUAUUUGCACUAAAUAGCACUAAAACUUAUGUCAUUUU